AUGGCUUCGAAACUCAAUCUCAACACUCUUCUCUCCCUCCCCAACUCCUCAGUCAAGAUCCCACAACUUGGCUUUGGAGUUUACCAAUCACCCACCGGUGUAUGUGUCCAGUCAACACUCGCCGCGUUAAAAGCAGGCUAUAGACACAUUGAUACCGCACAAUACUACGCCAACGAAAAAGAAGUCGGAGAAGGAGUGCGUCAAUCAGGACUAAAACGAUCCGACAUCUUCAUCACCACCAAGAUCCUUUCGCCAGCCGGUAGCGUGGAGAAAAACUACGAGAAAUGUCUGGAGAGUGUCCAUGCUAUUGAUGGGAAGGAUGGGUAUGUUGAUCUCUUUUUGAUCCAUACCAGUAAUAUGCCUGCGCAGAGCAGGAAGGAUAUUUACCAGGCACUGGAGAAGCUUCUAGAGGAUGGGAAAACCAAGGCGAUUGGUGUGAGCAAUUGGGGGAUUAGUGCGAUUGAGGAAUUGAAGAGUUUUGCGAAGGUUUAUCCGCCGCAUGUUAAUCAAAUUGAGUUACACCCCUUCGCUCAACAACGCGAAAUCGUCGACUUCUGCCACAAAAACGGAAUCGUCGUCGAAGCAUACUGCCCACUCGUCCGCAACCAGAAAGCCAACGACCCAACACUCAACGCUAUUGCCAAAGCUCACAGCAAAUCUGUUGCGCAGGUGCUGGUGAGAUAUUGUCUGCAGAAGAACUGGGUUCCGUUGCCAAAGAGUGAUACACCAUCGAGGAUUAAGGAGAAUGCUAAUCUUUAUGAUUUUGAGCUGAGUGACGAGGAGAUGAAGAAGUUGGAUGAUUUGGACCAAGGUGCUGAGGGCGCUAUUGUGCAGGCUGUUACGAAUUAG